AUGUCGUCGUCGCAUGCUCUCCACGCGAGCGUCGUCCCUUCCUCGCAGCACCAGUCCCAGUCGUCGCAUGGAGUCGUCGCGUCGUGUGCGCGCGUGCAAGUUGGCGGCAGCUGCACCGACUCGUCGUUCCUGGGAUGCUCACGGGUGUCGGUGGGGAGGAGACAAACGGGAGCGAAGCGCAUGGUAACAAGGAUGGCGCCCGAUGAAGAGAAGAUGACCAAGCGCUCACCGCUCGACUUUCCUGUGGAAUGGGAGCGACCUGCGCCGGGGCGGAGACCGGACAUCUUCCCGCAGUUCUCCCCGCUGAAGCCGCCGCUUCCGCAGCCGCCUCCAGCGGACCCGCCGUACGAGGAGGAGGAGGACGAGGAGCGCAAGGACCCCGAGAUCGACCCUGACAAGGACCCCGACCAGCCCCCGCCCGAGGAGUAG